UCGUCCAACGACGAGCGAGAACACGCCCAACGGCUGAUGGACUUCCAGAACAAACGCGGCGGUCGUAUUGUCCUCCAAGACAUACCCAAACCCGUCAAACAGGAGUGGAGUUCGUGUCUCGAAGCGAUGGAAGCGGCGCUCGAGUUGGAGAAGACCGUCAAUCAGGCGCUCCUCGACUUGCAUGGCAUCGCCUGCAAGAACAACGAUCCGCAGUUCCAGGACUUCUUGGAGACCCAUUAUCUGACGGAACAGGUGGACUCCAUCAAGAAGUUGGCCGAUUACGUGACUAAUCUGAAGCGUGUGGGUUCGGGUCUGGGAGAGUAUAUGUUCGAUAAG